AUGUCUGCCAUUUCAGCCGUGCCUGAUGAUCAGACGUACCUCAAGCCCAAGAAGACAUCGUCGAACCUCAAGCUUCUCGUCGCCGGCGCCGCUGUUGUAGCUUUCAUCCUCGGUGCGGUGGUCGCCACUGCCACGUCGGCUGGCGUCGCGGCGGUGGCGCAGCCGGCCGCCUCGCUCGCGAGCAGCGUGGCCUACGACCUCGUUGAUGAUGACUCGGCCGCCUCGCUCUCGAGCAAGAAUGAUCUCCCGGCGCCGGGCUGGGACACGUGCGAUUGGGUUAGAUCGAACGGCAACGCCAAAGGCCAACACCGGGUCGGCUACGCAAGCUCUCCGUGGCAGUGCAUUGCCAUGGUGCGGGAAUUUUACCCGGACGCGACGAUCGCGACCAUCGAAGACUCGGGCACCGGCGGCUGCUACGCCCAAUUCGGUUCCGACGAGCCGACGUAUAAGAGCGACUCGAUCUUCAAGACCUGCGUGCUCGCGUCGAUGCCGCCCGGCUCGGAUCUCGAUACUCAUGGGUGCAAGGGAUCUGCCGGCUUUAGCUGGUGCGAUCGCACGCAGUCGUGUGUGCGCGACUGGGAGACGCCCUGCUCAAGCGCUCCGGUCAAGGACGUCCUCAUCAACGGCGUGCCGUGCCGCGGCGAGAACGUCGUCCAGUCUACGUUCAAAGAGGAAACGUGCGAGAAAGGCGAGGACGCCGAAGGCGAAGUGUGCUCGAACGACGUGGCCCCGGGCGCCGAGAUGUGGCUCGAUCACUUCGAGUACACGUGCAACUACGAGGUCGGCAAAGAGAGCGACACGCAUUGUGCGCGCUGCCGCGUGCCGCUGAAAGAGCCGGACACGCCAGUCGACAUGAUGCACCAAGGCCAACCCGUGUCUUGCCUCUUGAAGAACGUCGUCGUCGUCGAGGACCGCGAGAUGGAACACAGACCCUCGGACGGCGACAUCGGUCCCGAGUUCGGCAAGCACGGGAAGCAUCUCUGCAAGGGCCCGUCCAAGGACGGGAACGUCUGCGCCAACGCCGGCACGGACAGGGAGGCGUACUGCACCUACGCGCUCGGGCCGGCGCUCUACCCCGAGGAAUUCCCGGUGGACUUGCACUUCUGCGCGUACUGCGCCGACGACAACUAG